AAUGUUCUUUUUAUCUCUGUAGAAAAGGUUUGGAGGGAUAAAAACGAUGAGUCAGUUUGACAGUCACUCCUCUGAUCUCAUUCACCAUUCGAUAUUCCGAGGGAAGGCACCAACCCUUCUCCCAGUCCAGCUCAGAACUUGGUAGGAAAUUCCGUUUGGAAUAGAGACCAUCCGGGAGACGGUCGCAGACGUGGCAGCAUGUGACGUCAUCAGAGUGGGUCGGUGGGUCGUUGAUGGCAGCAGAGAGUCGCGUCGGUGCAGCUAGCAGCUAUAAUCAGGGUUGAAUUGAAGGAAUAAGGUACAAUAGAGAAGAUGAUGGAAGAGAGUGGGAUUGAGAAUACACCUCCUGCCAGUCCUACACCUCCUCUGACUGUGGCUGCCGCAGUCAACGCCCCACCAAUGACCAUAGGUUUGUCCAGCCCUCUCUCCCUCCCAGGCGCCAGCUCCAUCUCCAUGGGAUCCACCUCAGUCUCCACCACUCUCCCUCCUUCCCUCCCUCCCUUCAGCAGCCCGCUGACUGCACCCCCCUCACUCUCCUCCCAGUUUCCCCCUCCCUCCACACUCACCUCACCCUUCCCCAGUCACUCACACUUCCCUCUCUCCACCUCCCCCUAUAUGCCACCUAUGGCCUCCCCCAUCAGACCACUUCACCCCUCAGCUCCAGGUGUGUCAGCCCCUCCCGUAGGUCCCCCCAUAUCUAGCUUCUCCAUGAGUGCAGGAUAUGAUAUCACACGCGGCCACGCUGGUCGAACACCACAGACACCGUUGAUGCCAACUUUCUCAGGUCCUACUGCCAUGCCUGGUGUCGUAUCCAAUGCCAUGGUUCAGCAGCCAGCCAUGACAGGGGGAAUAAAUACUGGAUCUCCAAUAACUUUUCCAGAGGAGCAGGAAGAUCCCAGAGUUUCUGCAGACAUAAGCACUGGUGGGGGCAUCUGGGGCUUCAUCAAGGGAGUAGCAGGCAACACUGUAGUAAAGUCAGUCCUGGACAAAACCAAACACUCUGUGGAGUCCAUGAUCACCACUCUGGAUCCAGGCAUGGCUCCAUACAUCAAGUCUGGUGGGGACAUUGACAUUGUGGUGACUUCAGAUAAGGAAAUGAAUGUAGAGGCAGUCAGAGAUGCCUUCCAGGAAGUUUUUGGGAUGGCCAUGGUCACUGGAGAGCCCGGUCAGUCCAACAUUGCCCCACAGCCAGUGGGCUACGCAGCCGGUGUCAAGGGGGCUCAGGAGCGAAUCGAUAGCCUACGUCGUGCUGGUGUGAUCCAUGAAAAACAGCCAGUGGUCUCAUUGGAAAGCUUCAUCGCUGAACUCUUUCCUGACAAGUGGUUCGAUAUUGGCUGUUUGAUCCUGGAGGACCCCAGUUACAGCAUCCGCAUUGAGGUCUUCACUCAGGCAACACCUCUGGCUCUAGCUCAUAUCCAACAGGCUCAGUCCCUGACUCCUCCUGACUACAGUCUGCGCUGGUCAGGUUUGAUUGUUCCUGUGGGUGAGGUCCUGGAGCGCAGCUUGCCCAACAUCAACAGGACAGACUGGCAUCAGGCUAUGACGGGUAUGACCCAACGCCAGAUGAUCCGUAGUGCUGCUAAAGCUCUUGCUGGAAUCUACAAACAGCAGCUGCCACCCAGGACUGUGUGAGGCUGAAUGAUUCCAGUAUUUGUCACAAACUGGAAGAUAGAUGAAGUCCGUUGGGACAGCUGGCUGAUGGGUCAGCGAGGUUCCUUGUCUCUCCCCAUCAGUCUCCCAUCUGCCCUGGGUAAAACCAAAUGCACAUUUAAAGUCAUUAAUGUUUGUGCCAACAGAUGUUUAUUGACAUUCCAGCAAGUCACCUGAGUUUUGUGAAACUCCAUCAUAUAAUAUCUUUAUUGCCAACUCAGAAUCUAGAGAAAACUUAAUUAUUAACUGAUCAUUUCUUCAUCUCCCUGAGAGAUUUUUACACAUGUAUAUUAAUAUCAACAACCUUAACUGAAAAUGUGGCCAUAUGUAGUUUUCUUGUUUUGUUUAGAAAUGCUUAACAUUAUUGUAGAGACUAUUACAUAGACUGUGUCCCAAUUGUAUUCUAUGUACUAGAGACCUAAAGCUCUUCAAAAGAUACUUGAACCUUAUUUGCCUGAAAUUAUUUUUAAAAGAGGAGACUCAGAGAAACCCAGAGAGAGACCACCACCACCACCAACGUUUUGACCUGAAACAUUUAGAAAAACAUAACCCUACCUGACCCCAUUAGAUUUAAUUAUAUAAUGUGGACCUGACGUUGGCUACUACUACUAUAGAUAGUCUCACUGUUUAUUUUAACACAGUAAAUUCAACUUAGUACUAAAGACAAUAAACUACUAUGCUGUUUUGAGAUAACCAGAAAUGAUACAAAGUAUUAACCUUGUAUCUUACCCUGACAAGACUCAGUAGACCUGACAAGAUUUAAUUUUGUAUUUAAAUUGCUGCUUUCUUAACUGUUGCUAGUGUCAUCAAUCUAAGGUCCAGCUUUUAAAAAAAUAUAUAUCACUAGCUGUAAAUCACUGUUGUCCUUGCUAAAAAACUACCACUUAAACAUUGAAUUAACUUGCUAAGAGGGCUAAAGCAACAAGGCAAUGGCUAACCCAUAAUUCAUCCCCCUUGCUUUGAAUCAAUGGUGUUCCUAUGCUUAAUUCAUAUGCUAACUUUAUGUAAUAAUGAACUCUGCUAAUUUGAUUAGUACAAAUUAAGAUCAAUGAUUCUGGGAAUAUGCAACAUGCAAACUUAAUAAAGAAAUGACAAGGAUAUUAACUAUAGAUUGUGACACAGGGCGUUGACAUCUGAUAAAGCCUUUAUGUCAGUUGAUAUGCCUUAACCAUUAAUCAAUUACCAUGGAACAUGGGGUUCAGGAGACUUAAGACAGUUUCCCAUAGAAACGAUAAAAGCACCGGAUCACUAUCAAGUGAUCGUGCUAACAAUGGUUCAUUGUUUUUGAAGCAUUUGAUGCCGUAACACCUGUGGUACUCCUUCUGUAUCAAACGGUUGGUUGAACCAAGGUUGUGAUGGAAAAAAAGGAAUUAGAAUAGAAAAAAACGGCCUCACUUGUAGUGAUCCUUUGACUGAAGGCUUCAUUGCUUGUUACAUGAUUUGCCCCGUUAGUAACAACUCCUCACUCUAAAGUCGAGGAAGUUCAGUCUGUGUGUUUGUCUUCUUAUACAUACUUCACUGAGUCCAUUUUACAAAGUAGUGCACGAAAGCCAUUUAGAAUCCGUACAUAGUGUGCAACUGGGACACAACUAGAAUGGUCUGAUGCGUCAUAUGAUGUCGUUCUGUUUUAGAUAUGUGAAGGGGAAAAAAGCAUAGUAUCACAUACACAUUCAUAUUGAUUCUUGCUUGUUUUACUGCAAAAGUAUUUGCCUGCCAUAACUGUUGAGCUGUCUGUAUUCAUUAAGAAAAAACACAUUCUGACCAUGAGUUAUAGUGGCAGGGAUGCAAACGUGCCAACUUUCAGUAGAAACUGCUGUUUCCAAUAUAAGUUUUGGAAACAAUAAGUCUAGCUGAGACUGUUAAUUAGCAAGGUAGAGUUGUUUUGAUGUAGCUAAUGUUAGCCACCUAACUCUGUAUGUAAUCUUAAUUGUUCACUUUAUUUCCAUGAAGAAUAAUAUUAAUUCACAUACUUGUUAUCCCAAAAUAGACUGGUAUGACUUCACUCAUAUUAGGGCUAACAAUAAGUAAUGAUGCCAUUUUUCUGUCGAUUGUAACAUGAGCUGAGCUCUUCAGCCAAAGUGCCAACUUAAAGCUGGGGUAUAGGGAAAGUUGAUGUUCCAGCAUUGGCAGCAACUGCCAAAGCAAACUAAAAAGGAAGACUGUAUUUUUUUUUUUAAACCGUCCGAAAGAAAGUCUUACGAUGAACAUAAUCAACAGUUUUUCCAUUGCUCCCACCUACUCCACAUCUUUCUGCCAAGAUAAUAAUAGCGAGGCUAAUAUUGUCAUUACCACAAUGUAAUUAAACUAAUCGCUUUUAGAUUUGUUUUGGAAUGUGAGAUUACAUCAUGAGAACAAUGUAGGCAUUCCACCAAAAUGGACCUAUGAUACCUCACAUACGUAUGAGCACUUGUUAUAGUAGCAUUAUUCUCGUCACUUGAGAAGGGUCAAAUGCCCAGCUCACUGAAAACAAUAGAAGCCGAAUGUAAAUUACCAUGGGAACGAUUUUCUUUUAGUUGUAGUUGUUGUGAAAUCAAUUUAUCACUUUCAUAUCUAAAUACUGUCUUUUAAUAAACCCUUCUUUUAUAGCCCCUUCUUUGCAUCAUCGGCCCUGUUUAAACCUGGUAUUAACAUCUGUCUCCGGUGAUCAGAUCACAAGUGGCCAGCUCUAAGUUCAGGUGUAAACAGGCCCAAGACCUAUUGAGGCUGCAUUUGAGAUCCAAUCACUCAAACACGUUGGGGAGUGGAACACACGUGGCCCCAUUCUUUUAUCAAAGUUAACACAAAUGUGUGCUGGGCCUCAUUGAAGGUCCGCUGGCGUCCUCUGGCCUGCUACAGAUUACUGUUGAACCAAAAGUAUGUUACACUUCUAGACGAGCUGGAAACCUAAUUUGGUACACAAGGGUUCAUAUGUCAAUACCAUGUGUGAACAACGCCAUCAUCACUGUUUUCACUGCUGAUGAGUUUGCAUCCCUUCUAUCACUACCUUGGGGUUUGAUCAAAAGGAAAAUAAUUUAUUUUCUACUGCUUCAGGCAGUUGGACACUGACAGAAAUGGAAGUUACUCAUACUGUCGGCAUAACGUCGUUGUGUUUGUUUGGAAAGAGCAUCCUUCUCUCUACUUUGUGUCCUCUAAAUGUGCCUUUUUACAUAAAUAAAAUAAAUGGAUUUUUA